UGUGUAAGUGUUCCCGUAUAAGUCGGCGUGGUGAGUGCACCGUAUAAUCAAAACCCCAAUCCCCUCAACCCUGAAAACUGCCAUUGCCAACAACAAUAAUAACAACAACCAUUAUCACCACUACCACUACAACUUCCCUCACUCUAAUCCCAAAACGUUUAGGUCACUAGAUACCACUCCUCCAUUUAGGAUCUAUUGCUCCACCAAAUCAUAUUCAACCAGUGCUUUCUAAUUCUUAUGCUUUGUAGGGUUUUAAUUUAAUUUAUUAUAUCUAAUAAUUAGAAAGGAAAAAAAACAAAAGUAAUGUCUUCGUCUUCUUCGGCGGCUGCCGCAAAUAAUUCGCCGUGUGCGGCAUGCAAGAUUCAGCGUAGAAAGUGCACACAGGAGUGUGUGUUCGCGCCGUACUUCCCGCCGGACAACCCGCAGAGAUUUGCGUACGUUCACAAAGUGUUCGGAGCAAGCAACGUGGCAAAACUCCUCAACGACCUGAACGCAGCUCAACGAGAGGAUGCAGUGAAGUCACUAGCAUACGAGGCGGAGGCGCGUCUCCGUGACCCCGUGUACGGAUGCGUAGGCCUCAUUUCACUUCUCCAGCACAAGCUCAAACAGCUUCAGGCUGAACUUAACCAUGCCAAGACGGAACUCGCAAACUACGUUGUCGUUAACAAUAAUAAUAACGGUUCACCUCACGCGCCUGUUCUCCCGCUCUUUAACAACCAACACCAUCAGCAACCGUCUCAACUGAAUCGUAACAACCUCUCACAUCACUCUCUGCAACCGUUUUCUGUUUCUGUUUCCCCUUUUCAGGAGGCUGUUAUGCAGCACCAGCAAGAGAUUUUGGGGUUUGAGAACUAUAUGACGAUUGGUUCUUCUUCCGCUGCUUCUGCUGUCUCUCCUUCGCUGGCUCUUGGACCGGUUGAUCACAGUUUUCAUCACCAUCAUCAUAAUCAUCACCAUAAUUUGCAGCAGCAGAUUCAGGCGCAUCAUCAAUCUUUUAUGUUUCAGAAGCAGGCAAAGUUCGAAGGCGAGGAGGGUAGGAAUAGCAGGAGGACUGGUCCUUCUUGUUGCUGAUUUCAUAAUUUCAUUCUCCUUCGGUUCAAACAUUUGUCAACCUAGGUUUGUGUUCUCUAUGUUUAUCCACUUCUUGAUAUUGUUAUGAUUAAACCAGAUUAAA